CCACUAAUAUAGCAUGAGCCACGCCUACUAUUGUAUACCCAAGAUGGUGGCAUAGAAACAGCUGUGUAUAAAGUCUCUCCAUUCUCUCACUUGUACCGCUACUGGCUCAGAAUGAAGCUAUGGAUGCUCCUACUAUUAACCACGCACCACACCACGCUACACUGCUCAGAGCACUCACUAGAUGAGACCACGCCCAUGACACACCCACUUAGUGUGCCGGUGUGCCCCGUGGGUUUCCUGGAGGUGCUCUCGUACUCACAAGAAGGGGAAGUCCCUAGCGAGGCAAUAAGUGACGAAGAGGAUGACUUGCCGUCAUUUGCCGACUUUAAACAGAAAAUGAGCAAUCAAGGGGUGGAAGUACAAGAGGUUAAGCCCAGCUCUGGACUACCUGUCACCAGAAACUAUGCCUCUAUAGAGUGUGGGGCAAAGGUCAUCGAAACGAAUGCAAAUGCAAGAAAUCCUUCGGCCAUUCUGAACUCUAAUAAAGAUGAGUAUCUGAUCAACGAUUGUUCCUCUCCCAUACACUUUGUGGUGGAGCUAUGUGAGCUUAUCUACGUGCGUACCAUAGUGGUCGCCAGCCUUGAACUGUUCUCAUCCAUUCCAAAGAGCUUCAGAGUGUUCGCCACUACUGAGAGCAGGUACGAUACCGAGGAGGAUUCUGAUUGGUCGUGCAUUGGAACAUUCCGACCCGCUAACGAGAGGAGUGAGCAAUCGUUUCCCCUUAGCAACGAAGACCCUAUCUACGCCAAAUACAUCAAGGUGGUGAUGGACUCACACUAUGGCCUGGAGCGGCUUUGUCCUAUAAACACAUUCAAGGUCCUCGGAGCCUCUAUGAUUGAAGUGUACGAAGCAUCACAACAGGAAGUGGGUGUGGCCUCACAACCCAGCAUCAUUGAGGGCACAGACGAAGGAGAGAGAUUGCUUGGUCUAACAGACGGAGAGGCUACUGGCUCUGAGUACAACGGGACCUUACUGAGCGCAGCUAAAGAUGCUGUUCUUCGGAUGUUGGAGCAACCAAUGGAAUUUCUCGGCACUGUGAUCAAACCUGACGGCAAAUCGACCAACGGUGACCAUGGCAACGACGAGAGCCCUAACAACGAAGAUAGCGCUUCAACUUCAGAUAAAAGUACAGAACUAACGAAAGAGAACAAAGCUCAACCAGAUGAUAAGGAUCAGCUUGAAAGGGAAAGUGUGGCGGGCAAUUCUCCAGAGGACAAGCAAGAUGGUAACAAGAACAUGGAACAAGACACUCCUCUCAGUGAAGUAAAUGUGGAGGACAUUUCUGCAGGUGUACCUCCAGAAGGUGACAAAGAUCAACUAGAGUCCGACACACCCCCUGCUUCAGACGACGACGAGGUUAUAAAGGAGGUAACGACAACGUCUUCAGCAACUACCGACGAGUGCACAAUAAUUGAAGAAUUAUCAUCCAUUUAUGACAAUAAUGAGCGAUUGAAUGAAGCCACACACGAGUUACUUGGACCGCCCACGCUGGGGGAAUUCCCCACUGACCCCUUGGGACCUGGCGAUGAUGUAACAGGGAAUUUCCCUAAAGGCGAACCUAUAGGUCCCACCACAGAGGCGCCAGCAGGGGAAUUCCCCACCCUGGAAGGGGAACCCCCUCAUUUAGCUCCAAGCACUGUGCCUUUGGAAACUUUAGACUCAAUAGUUGAGAACAGUCCACCAAGCGAACCUUCUGAUACUUCACUGAGCAAUGCUGUUACUGAUAAUACUACAUUAACCCUCGAGUCUUCAUUAACCCUCGAGUCUUCCAAUAACAGUCAAUCCUCAUCUCCUCCCUUGAAUAACUCUAAUAGCACCAAAGGGUUAAACAAUUCAAUUGCCAACACGAGUAACCAUAGCAGCGAUGGAGGCAAUAAAAAUCGAAAGAACGAGUCAUCGGAGACGGUUGUAUCGACCAAUGGGCAAGCAGCACCUCGAGAUAAGGAAAAGUCCGUGUUUUUGAGACUGUCCAAUCAGAUUAAAGAACUGGAGAUGAAUAUGACGUUGUUUAGUAGCUACCUCGACCAAAUCAGCUCAGGUUUGAAGAGAAAUAAGAACAAAACAGAAGAAGCUACUAAAUCUCUGGACAGACGAAUGACUGCUCUCAAUGAAACAUUGCAGCUGCUCAGAAAUGAAACUGAAGUCAAGGUGAACGUGCUUCAUGAUCUGAGCAGUAAUAUGCAAGCAUUGACGGAGGCUGUGUUGAGUAUCACCAUGGAGAUGUCUGCUGUGGAUGAUAAGAUUCUUAUAUCUCUCUUUCUACUGGUUGGAAUCCAGUCUCUCGUAUUUAUCGCUCUUCUUGUUAUUUGUUGCCUCGUUCAAGCGUCCAAUCAGAGAAGCCUCCAGCGUGAACUACAGUCCCUUCGUACUACGUUUGUUCAAUUGCUGAGUCAGCAAUCAACUACACAACAAAAUGGCCGCAUUAGCCCUCUAAUAUUGCUGAAUCAGCAAACACAGAAUUGUACAUCACGAGUAGACGAUGGACUGACUACUAGCGUGUCGUUGCCAUCACUACACGAAAGGGGUGUGGUCCAGUUGACCCCUCCCCCACAUGGCAAUGAUGGGGAGUGGAAAGUUGCUGACGGGAGAAACCGGAAGAAAAUCAAACUAAAAAAUAGAUAAACAAUUUUUGGGCUUACCUACGAAACUGUUAUUAUUUGAUUUUAUUCCACCAUAUAGUUAUUGUCACCUACAUUAUCAAUCAUGAAUUUGAUCGUUUACCUCAUAAUAA